AUGUCCCCAAAGGUUGAAUAUUGCUGCGCUAAAUUAGGCUCUCAUUCAGCCACCGUCUACAUUCGCGGCCUGGCGAAGUCUGUUAUUCCCGAUUCUUGGCGUAUAUCAUGCUUGACCCCGGUUUCAAAGGAAACCAACCGUCUAUCUGAUCCGGCUGCUUUUCGGCCAGUGGCAGUAACGUCAGCACUAUUGAAAACCCUCAAACAUUACGUCCUGUAUAACAUUGACAAAGCUAUUGUGUCACACACUGACCCAUGUCUGUUCACGUACAAGACCGAAACGGGCACAUGUGACGCGUUGGCUUACUCCACCAAUGAUGUUGGGGAAUAUCUCAACAAGCAGGGUCAUUUCGCACGAAGCACUUUGUUUGACUCUUCCAGUGCCUUCAGUACGGGUGCCAAGCAUCUAACGUCCUUAGGCGGAGCACCUAUCGGUGUGUUCUUCAUGUAUCAUCUGACCACGUUUGGCCUUCAGUCGUUGGAUUUUGCGAAACGAACACUCAAACGCGCGCUUCCACAUCAGGUGCCGGACUCCGCUUCUUGUCCGUCGUUACCACCGUCUCCCUCAUCGUCUUCGGAUAAGGGCGAUGAGUUUCGUUGUGUUACGACGAGCAGUGAAGGGAUCGUGGCUAACUGCGUCGCCACAGAAAACCAAUGUGACAAUGGCCCCGGCGACAGUUUGAGUUACAACGACGAAAUCGACCAUGCAGGUUUGAUUCGCACCUGCCUGAAGUUAGCCCGUCGACGCGGCGGUGGUAGCGACAGUAGUAAGCAAAGCAAGUCUUUCUGGUCGUUUUGCGGCGGUAAAGAAGGUAGAGAGCUGGUCACAUUGAAUAGAUUAAGCUGA